CCCUCGGCGCGCGUCUAAGGACCUGCCGCCGCCGCUGCGCCGCCGCCGUUCCUGCUGUCGGCGUUUCCGGUGUGGUGCCGCCUCCGCCCGCCUGCCGUGGUCGACGCCGCUCUCCGAGCAAAGGGGCCCGCUUUGCGCGGCCGGCUCUCACUCGGCCUGGGGGAGGCUUGUCAGCCGCGUCGGGCAGGUGGGCAAAUUCCUAGCGGGACUGCGCCUGCGUGAAUUCCAAUGCAUCUUCCUGUGGAAUAAGUGACCCAACCCUGCAAAUGCUCCGGGGGCAGCCGCGCGUCUCUGUGAGAAAGCCAGCUAGUGUUCUCGCGCGCGCGCGCGCGUGAAAUGACCUAGAGGCCUUAAAUACGUUUCUGCAUUCUUCAGACUCUACAAUCAAGAGAAGCAUAUUCUGAAAGCGCCACUUGUUAAUGUUAAAAGGAAACUACCUCAGCUCAAGAAGAAAAGGUGGAAAGGCUUGCAAUAAAAACAAAACACUUUUUCUGAAUGAUGUGUACUUGCAAAGUCUCUAGGAAACCAAUUUGCAUUUUUUUUCAGUCUUAAGAUGGGAAACUCAAAACGGAUUUGACUGACAGGCUCUGUCAAACUAAGAUGAUAUUUGAUCUGCUGACCUGAAGGCUCAGUGGUUCUUCAAAGAAAUACCUGCUCUAUGUUAACAAUCACUGUUGAGCAGUGAUUUUUGUCAUCCUCUCCUAAUACUAACUGAAGAAGUUUAUAACUGUAUUACUUUAAAAAAAGUCUUUCAGUGUAAAUUAAUGUGAACUUCAGGUAUCAAAAAUGCAUUAAUGGGAAAACUGCAGCAGAUAGCUUUGAAAUGGUAUCUUGAGUGCUCACUGUAGAAUGCUAAGCAGGAAAUAAUAUUUUUUUAAAAAACUAUCAUAGCUCGCUUUUUAUUAUAAUUUGUAAUAGCAGCAGUGCUGCAUUUGAACACUGAAUAGUACAAAGACAGCAAACCUGCCUUUCUCACUGCUGAUACAAAUUAUCUACCUUUUUAUUUUUGAAAUGCCUCCUAUGAAAAUUAUGUGCAUACUCUACUACUGCUACACAUAGGCAUUUUUCCGAGGGAGCAACUCAAGAAAAGGGGUUGUUAAUUCAAGAAAUCUUUGGUCAAGUACUUCCUUAUGUAUUGCUGCAGUGCACAAGAAAGUAAAAUGGACUAUAAACGGCGCUUCUUGCUUGGCGGGUCCAAGCAAAAGGUGCAGCAACACCAGCAGUAUCAAGUGCCAGAACUAGGCAAGACUCUGAGCGCACCUUUAACAUCUCCAGUCACAGCAUCGUCUCUGGUUUCCUCGGCUGCUGCUGGCGGCUGCAACCAUGCUACUCCAAUUGCAGACAUCCAGCAGGGAAUCUCCAAAUAUCUGGAUGCACUCAAUGUAUUUUGUCGUGCGAGUGCUUUCCUUACAGAUCUUUUCAGCAGUGUAUUUCGGAACUCGCACUAUUCUAAGGCAGCUAUGCAAUUGAAAGACGUGCAGGAACAUGUCAUGGAAGCAGCAAGUCGACUCACAGCAGCAAUAAAACCAGAAAUCGCAAAAAUGCUCAUGGAACUGAGUGCUGGAGCAGCAAACUUUAAAGAUCAAAAGGAGUUCAGCCUACAGGACAUUGAGGUACUUGGACGAUGUUUCUUGACAGUGGUGCAGGUUCAUUUUCAGUUUUUAUCCCAAGCUCUGCAGAAGGUCCAACCAGUGGCUCAUUCAUGUUUUACCGAAGCUGUAGCUCAGGAAAGAAAGAGUUGCAAUAUGGCUGAGACUUCCAGUGCAAGCCCCACAGUUGAGCUAGAAGAAGCUGUGCGGUCAUGGAGAGGAGCGGCUGAGGCCACAUCACGGCUACGAGAGAGGGGUUGUGAUGGCUGUUUGGCUGGAAUUGAGGUCCAACAACUCUUCUGUUCCCAGAAUGUGGCAAUUCCUGAGCACCAGCUAAAAGAACUGAACUUGAAAAUAGACAGUGCUUUGCAGGCAUAUAAAGUUGCACUGGAAAGUUUGGGUCACUGUGAAUAUGCAAUGAAGGCUGGCUUUCACUUGAGCCCAAAAGCCAUUGAAGCAAGUUUGCAUGGCUGUUGCAGUGAUGCUGAAGCCCAACAAACUGGGCGGAGACAGACCCCUUCUCAGCCAAUUCAGUGUGAGCUCCCAACAGUUCCUGUUCAGAUAGGUGCCCACUUCCUGAAAGGAAUAUCCUUUAAUGAGUCUGCAGCUGAUAACCUGAAACUCAAAAUGCACACUAUGAUGCAACUAAUUAAAGAAGCUGGCUGCCAUAACGGAGUGACCCCAAGGGAUGACUCUCCUGUGACUGAAGUACUAAACCAAGUUUGCCCUUCCACGUGGAGGGGAGCCUGUAAAACAGCUGUACAGUUGUUGUUUGGCCAAGCUGGGCUGGUGGUUGUGGAUACAGCACAGAUUGAAAACAAAGAAGCAUAUGCACCACAAAUCAGUUUAGAAGGUUCCAGAGUUGUUGUUCAAGUUCCAUCAACUUGGUGCCUGAAAGAAGAUCCUGCAACCAUGUCUCUGCUGCAGAGAAGCCUGGAUCCAGAGAAGACUUUGGGACUGGUAGAUGUGCUUUAUACUGCCGUGUUUGACCUGAAUCGGUGGAAGGAGGGAAGAGAGCAAGCUUUGCCCUGCAUUCAGAUUCAGCUCCAGCGUGAAAUCUGUGACUUCGGGGGUCACAUUGACUUACCAUCUGGAAAUGGAAGCAAAUCAACUGGUGGCUUGCAAAGAACCUUCUCAAAGUUGACUUCACGGUUUACAAAGAAAACUUCCUGUUCAAGUUCAAGCAACAGUGGAAGUUAUUCCAUUCCUAAUACACCUUCCAAAACCCUUUUUAUAGCUAACAACUCAGAGGAUAAAGCAAAAAUGCCCAACAAUAUGGAUGCCCGACUUCAAAGUAUUCUGAACAUUGGUAACUUCCCCAGGGCUGUUGAGUCACCCCAGACAACGCAGAGCUCAAGCAAUCAGGUUGUCAACGGGUUCCUUCUUGUCAGGCGCGACGGUGGCAAAGCAGAUGACAUCAAGGAUGCCAAAGGCAUGAAUUUACCAACUGACCAAGAAAUGCAGGAGGUCAUAGAUUUCCUCUCUGGCUUCAGUAUGGGCAAGUCCCAACAGAGCUCUCCACUGGUGAGGAGAAGGAACUCUGUUGCAUCGUCUUCAGCUGCAGCAGAGCAGAAGCCUGCUGCUGUGCAACAACAGUCCCAGUCUUCGUCUCACACGCCUUUGCACCAUCUCCAGCAAGGGUUGCCACAACUGCAGCAGCCUCAAAAGCCGCAGCAGCAAAUGCAUUACUAUCAGCAUCUGCUUCAACCCAUUGGGUCCCAGCAGCAGCGUCCCCCUGGCAAGUGGCCAACCAAUUCCAGCCAGCCAUCAGCCCAAACUGUUGGUCCAGGAUUGGCUCACAUCCCUCAGUGGAGCAGUCAUGCCUUUUCUGAUCUGAGCUCUGACUUGUAUAGCUUGGGUCUUGUGAACAGUUACAUGGACAACAUGAUGUCAGAGAUGCUGGGACAGAAACAGCAAGGACCUAGAAAUAACACUUGGCCAAACGGUGACCAGAGUGAUGGAAUCUUUGGGAUGUUGGGAGAGUUUCUACCUUUUGAUCCUGCAGUUGGCUCUGAUCCAGAGUUUGCUCGCUAUGUGGCUGGAGUCAGCCAGGUCAUGCAACAAAAAAGGCAAGCACAGCACUUCCGUCGCCCCAGCAACACACGUAACAACUGGCCUCAUCCUGAUGAUCCUCACAGAACUUGGCCUUUCCCAGAGUAUUUCACUGAAGGGGAGAUGACAAGCAGCUGGUCAGUUACUCAGGGCGACUCUGCCAGCUCCAGUGAUGAGACCUCCUCAGCCAAUGGAGACAGCCUGUUUUCCAUGUUUUCAGGGCCAGAUAUUGUUGCUGCAGUCAAGCAAAGAAGGAAACAUAGCAGUGGGGAGCAAGACCCAAGCACACUUUCUUCCCCACCACUCCUUUCUACAGUGGAUGAUCAUAAUCAGGACAAUAAAACCAAAACUUGGCCUCCCAAAGCUCCUUGGCAGCACAUGCUGCCAAGUCAAAGCAUGUCUUUGUACCAGAUGAACAGCCCUGCCAGCCAGUGGAAUGACAGCAUGCAGAUCCUGCAGUCACCCGUUUGGUCAACAGCCAGUGAUUGCACGCCAUCAACAGUGAUUUCAUCCACUUUUGCCUAUGCGCAACAGCAGCAGCAGCAGCAGUCGCCACCGCCAGCUCAGCACAAACCGAUGAACAAGGGCUUUAAACCUUUUCCAGUAAAGCACGAACGCAGACCGUCCUACAUGCAUCAGUACUGAUGGCCUUUUCUAGCGAGAGAUGCCACAAAGGACCAAAGUCUUUGAUGUGACAAACAUUUGCUUUGUUUUACAGUUGUGCGGUGGUGGCUGUCUUCUGGUGGUUCUGUGGAGUGACAGCUUCUAGUGGUGAUUCUCUCUCUCAAGAGUGCUGAACAAAUGGUGCCAAGGUGUUAGGUGUACAUACGACAGCCCUAAACUGUGAUGCUUUCAAAGUAUAUAUGGACUACCCUGCUAACAAACUGCUACAUUAUUACCACAAAAAACACUGUAUUUUAUAGCUAUUUUUUCAUAUAGAUUUAUAGUAACCAUUUCUUGCUAAAACAAAUUUGAGUAUUUUUAAACAAAUCUAGCAGUUUUGCUCAACAGUCAUUUUCUUCAGAUUUCUAAUUGACAAGAUAGGUCUUCACUCCAAUUACAUGGGCUGCUGUAGCUUUUUUUAAUACAUCAGUUGUUAACGUGCCGUGUAACUCUCUGUCGCAACAGCGGUGCAAAAACAACAGCAACAGUUAUUUCCAGUUAUUUCAUUCAUGCUAAGUAGCUGGAACCAUUCCAGCCAGAUAUCUUGUGACUUAACUUAAUGGACACAAUCCACCUGUAACUUGAGCUAAGAUCCAUAAAAUAGUUUUGGGUGGGUUGUAUUCAUGUGUGACUGACACUACAUUUGAAUACACAGUUUUAUAGUUUUACAUUUGGCCAAAGGCAUUAUCCAUACAGUGCUCCUUAAAUGUGUGAAAGAAUAGCUAAGACUACUUGCAAAUAUUUAAAGUCUUAUUUCAAUGCUAGACUUAGUGUGUAAAAACAUGAGCUGGCUCAGAAGAGAGAGAAUUUAAACACUAUUUUUUUGUAGUGCUAAGGAUUAAAGUAGCUACUUUUAGUCAAUAUGUGCCAUUAAAUAAUGAACCUGUGGAAUUAGGAAAUAACCUUCCAACCAAAGUGGAUCUGGGGAAAUGUCUGGUGCUUAAAUUGAAAAAAAGAAGAGGAGGUAAAUAUGUAUAGUUACCCCAUUGUAUAAUUGAGGUGAGAGAAGACUUUAUAAAAACCUAUUUAAAUUUUCAUAUUUCAUCUUUGAAAGAGUAAUUAUAAACCACAAUAUUUUCUGGUAUAAAGGUUUUUGACAGUAUUAAUAUUAUUUUUAUAUUUUCUUAAGUCAUAUCAUUCUAAUACAUUGACAAGUAAAAUGGGUUAUUAGUUAUAAAUGCAUAUAGUUUUUUGAUGAAGAUAAAAGCACAUUUAAGUUCCCAUUUUCUACAAACGAAGUACAUGUGUAUAUUAAAGAUACCAAAUUAUAUAUAAAUAUAUAUAUAUAUAUAUAUAUAUAUAAAUACACAA